UUAAAUUAUCACAAAUCAGGAAUGUUUACAACGGCUACAGUGUUUUGCUGCUUAUGUUCUGUUGCACUGGGCGCUGAAAUCAGCAGGGACAACCCGUUCGGCUGUAAUGUACCGGAUCAUCAAAACGAGUGCGGCAUCGCAGGGGUAUGGCGGAACCAGCUCCAGUCCGUAAUGAAAUUCACAUGCGUCGGCGGACAUAUCGACGGCACAUAUUUCACGGCGGUCGGAAAAGCCGACGGAUUCUAUGAACUUUCGGGGAAAUACUUGAAGCCCGACAACAACACGACAAUCGUUGGCUGGGUUGUUGCCUUUAGCAACGACUUGUACGGAAAUUCCAACUCCACGACCGCAUGGUCCGGGAUCCAUUACGCUGACAACGGUACUUUGUACACCCACUGGCUGCUGACUCGUUUUCAACCAAGACCCAAUCUCUGGAUGACAACGACGGUAAACCAUGAUGACUUUGAGAGGGUAUGCUGAUUAAAAGGAGCGUCUGCGAAAGAGACCGAGCAUUGAAUUUUAAUAGGCGAGGACGGUCAACCAAGAGACGACAGUCAAUCACGGUUACUUAAAGAUUUGCUUAUUUAACACUGACUGCCCAAUGUAGCAAACGGUCCAAGACGAUCGUUUCAUUAAACUUUGAAUAGUGAU